CCUCCUCCUGUGCAACCACAUCAGUGAUCACUGUUCACUGUUCACUAUUCACUCUCCUCUCCUGAACUCCGUGCUAUUAAGUUAGGUAGCAUGUACGUGUCCAAAAAGGUGUCCGUCUACCUCUCUGCCGGGGGUCUACUCACAGCACUUGCCGGCGCAGUAUGUAUUGGUAUAUCAGCCGGUAUGUCCUGCGGUGGAUCCGGCUAUAUGUGCGAAGACCAGAUGGUAUUUCUCAAUGUGACUGGGAUCCUUUUUCUGGCAUCAGGAGGAAUCAUCCUCAUCGUGGGACUGAUCAUGUACUGCCGGACGCGGAACCUUCCCGAACCUUCCACCACCGCCGUCACCUAUCCCACCGGAGUCCUCUAUCCACCUUCUUCCAGCCACGUCAUCUAUCCGGAUGUGUAUCCAGCUGUAUCCCUCUGGCACCAGGGCUAUCCCGCUGGAUCCACCUGCGAUCAGUCGUCUAUCCGCUGUGCUGUAUAUCCAUUGUGCUCUAUGUUCUCACUCGCCGGCUGA